AUGAUUCCAUCUACACUUUCAACAACACAAUAUCACGAUUUACCAGAAGGAGGAUCAAUUCCACAUGGUGGUAAAUUGGUUGAUUUAUUGGUACGUGGUGAUCAACAAGUAGAGGCACUCAAGCAACGUGCCAUCAACUUGCCAUCACUCUUGUUGACACGUCGUCACUUGUGUGAUAUCGAGUUGAUUUUAAAUGGUGGUUUUUCGCCAUUGGACCAAUUCAUGGAUGAAGAGACAUACAAUGGUGUCGUUGAAAAUAUGCGUUUGCCAUCGGGUGUCCUCUUCCCCAUGCCCAUUACAUUGGACGUUACCAAAGAGUUUGUUGACAGUGUCAUUGCCACCACUGACCGUGACAUUGCCUUGCGUGACGAAGAGGGUAAUUUAAUUGCCUUGAUGAACGUGUCAUCGAUUUUCAAGGCCGACAAGGACAAGGAAGCUCGUUUGUCAAUGGGAUCAAUCGACCCAUUCCACCCAGGUGUCGCCUCGAUCCUCGCCACCAAAGAAUACUAUAUCGCCGGUCGUUUGCAAGGUGCUCAAUUACCAGUCCACUAUGAUUACAACGGUCUCAGAAGAACACCAAUUGAAGUUCGUAACAUGUUUAAGGAAAAGGGUUGGAAGAAUGUCAUUGCCUUCCAAACACGUAACCCAAUGCAUAGAGCCCACAGAGAGUUGACUGUACGUGCCGCCGAACUCAACCCAGGUUGCAACCUUUUGAUUCACCCAGUUGUCGGUAUGACCAAGCCCGGUGACAUUGACUACCACACUCGUGUCAAGUGUUACAAGUCUAUUAUUGGCAGUUACCCAGAAGGUCUUGCCGAACUCUCGCUCCUCCCAUUAGCCAUGCGUAUGGGUGGUCCACGUGAGGUCGUAUGGCACGCCAUCAUCCGUAAAAACUAUGGUUGCACCCACUUUAUCGUCGGUCGUGACCACGCUGGUCCAGGAGAGGACAAGACAGGCAAGCCCUUUUACGAGCCAUACCAAGCACAAGAGAACGCACUCAAAUACGAGUCAGAGUUGGGUGUCAAGAUCCUCCCAUUCCAAAUGAUGGUCUAUGUUGCCAACCACGACCGUUACUACCCAGUCGACCAAGUACCACAAGGCGAAGAGACAUCAAACAUCUCGGGCACCAAGUUGCGUCACCUCCUCAGAACCGGUGGUGAGAUUCCAGACUGGUUCACCUAUAAAGAAGUCGUCGGUAUCUUGCGCGAGUCAUGUCCACCACGUCACAAACAAGGUUUCACCAUCUUUUUCACCGGGUUCUCGGGAUCGGGCAAGAGCACCAUUGCCAACGCCCUCAACGAAGCCUUGCUUGCAAGCGGCAGCAGAGCUAUCACCCUUUUAGACGGCGAUGUCGUCCGCACAUUCUUGUCGAGUGAGUUGGGCUUCUCCAAGGAUCACCGUAACCUCAACAUUAAGCGUAUCGGUUUCGUUGCCUCUGAAAUCAAUCGUGCUGGUGGUAUUGCCAUCUGUGCUCCCAUCGCCCCAUACGAAGAAUCUAGAAAGUUUGCCAGAGAGUUGGUCAACAACUCACAAGGUGGUUUUGUCGAGAUUCACAUCUCUACACCCAUCGAAGUCUGUGAAAAGCGUGAUCGCAAGGGUCUCUACGCAAAGGUCCGUGCUGGUCAACUCAAAGGUUUCACUGGUAUCGAUGAUCCAUAUGAAGCUCCACAAAACCCAGAACUCCGUAUCGAUACCACCAACACCUCUGUCAAGGAUGCCAUUCAUCAAAUUUUAGAUUAUUUAACUAAAGAAGGUUAUUUAACUCAAUAA